UUCGUGUGAUUUAAAUACCUCGUGUUUUAAAACCGCGUUUUAUUGUAAAACCGAGCGAGAUGGUGGUCGCCGAUAAACGCAGGCGUCUGAUAGUCUCCACGGCGGGGCACUUCUUCAGCGCGUCCGUGCAGCAUGACGAGGAGGACGUCGAGGAUCGCGAGAUCAUCGAUCGUUUCCUGGAGCAGUCGUCGUGCCGAACCCUAUGCGCCAGGCCGGUCGACGCCGAUCGGAAUCAAGUCCGUUUGAAACUGAGCACCGAAUUGCCCGCCGGUAGAAACACGUUGGUCUUCUUUAAGGUGACAGCGGCGGCGGUCACGGAGGAGAACUUUCACGACGUGGUCCAGGUGGCUUCCACCGGCUGCGGGGACGGAUCGGUGCUGAUCGAGGGGCUCCGCCAGGUAUGGGGGCCGACCCUUCGCUCGUCCGGUUUAAGUACAUCUUGUUUGAAGAACUUGGAGGAGAGACUGCUCAACUCCGGAUUUUCGAUUACCGUCGCGGAGGAGGAGGAAUUCUGGAAGCGGAGACGGGACGAGGCCAAACGGUCGCACGAGAGAACGAAUUGCGAAGAAGCUGCCAAGUCGGUGAAGAACAUCAAGGUCGAACUCGAAAGCGCCGCGGUGUCGAGAGAUGGAUUAAUCGCUGUGGAGGAAGCUUGCGAAGCUAUUUCCGUAUUCGUGGACGAUUUGUGGAAGUUAGGGGGACCGGCGUAUACCGAGGAUCGUAUGAAAUCGUUUCUCGAUGUAAUCGGGAACGAAGUGGUCCAGCUGAUACAAAAUUAUCUCGGUGCGGUCGACACGACCGACGCUCGCGCAAAGGACGAAGCAAUCGCACUCGGAGCGACCGUAUGCGAAAAGUGGGCGAACGCAACGCAGAAGCUGACGGAGCUUUUCUGGCCGCAUCAUUCGCUCCAUCCUUGGCGCGGACCGAUCUUCGUACCCGAGAGAUGCUCGAAGCUCGGCAGAAGCCUCAGGCAGAUGUCCGAGUUACGUGCGCAGCAUCGCCAAUUAAGCAGGCUUCUGACUCCGAGCGAGAGAUCUGGUCUCGGUAUCGAGAAAUUGCUCCAGACGUUCGAUGACACGAGAUUUGCUUUGGGCGAUGACGAACGGGACGAUGAAUGGAAUAGACUGAGGCGUAAGAUCGAGGAAGGCUUGAUGCCAGCUGAAGAACGCGUUGCUCAGAAGCUGAAGGACCGUAUCGCCGAUGCUGAUACUCCGAGCGCUCUGGUAGCUGAAUUUGAGAGAUACAGCGAGCUGAUGAAGAGGGAAGGGCUUAAGAGAGCGUUACGCGGAGAACGAGAAUCCCUGCUUGCAGCGUAUCGCGAUCUAAUCGAGAAUCGACUGGCUGGUCCCGACACGCAAAAUCUUCUGGAUGCUCCUAAAGUUCUACAAGAGGUUCAAGCUGCUAGAUCCGCGGAGAUACGGCUAGAGAGCCUAGCUAAAUUAGGAAAAGAACUGCUCGCUGAUCUUCCGGGGUACGAAGAAGUGGCGGCGCGUUUAUCGAGCGCCCUGAAAGAAGCCGAAGAGAGGAGACGAGAUUUGGUUGAGUCAUGGGUGAACACUACCAAGGACGAUAUAGCCAAGAAGGAAUUGAGCUUGGGCACUGAUUCGCCGGUGGUCGAACUUACUGGCACCAGUAUGAUGCGUGUGACCUACGAUCCUCGGUUGAUGACACUGAUUAGAGAAGCCAGAGCGUUGUCCGGCGAAGGCGUCGAGUUACCGCGGGAAAUUAGAGAGCUGGUAGAGAGAGCCGCAUCUUUAGCCGGACGAGCUAGAGCUCUUCAGCAGGUCGCUACGUUCCACAACACGAUCGGCGAUCGAAUGGUACCCUCUCAGAGACCGCUUAUGUUGACUAUAGCUCUCGAAUUGGCGCGAGCUGUUCAAGAGCAGUCGGGUGUCGUUUGGUCCGAUCCUCAUCUCGUCGACGUGUACACCGCCAGAUUAAAAGAGUUGGUAAGAAAAUUUGCCCGACAAAACUCAGAAUUGAUCUCAAAGCACUCUACCUUGCGAGAUUACGUGUCGGGCUUGUUGAAGGGCGACGCCGUGCAUCUUGUAGGAAAUCAGAACAUAUGGAAGGAGACGUUGACGAACAUGAGAGCGAUUGUCGACGCUGUGGAUUCGGAAUAUGGUAAUGCGAGAGCUUGGAAGUUGCAUUGGGAUCGGCAACUCCUCAAGGCGUUGGGUGUAGCGUACAGGAAUGCCUUGCCGUCCUUGUCAAGAAAACUAUCUGAAAUUCGAGUGGAACUCACUUUUCGAGAUGGAUCCUUACAAUGGAGGCCGCCGCUCGAGGAUAUUCGCGCGAAAUUGUACUCCGGUAUACGCCGAUCGCUUUCCAUUCCGGUGAAUUUUAGGGGUGUCGGAGACGUCGCCGAUGCACGCUUCGGCGAUUUGGUGCAGAAGAACGCGUAUCUAUUCAGCGGCGUUUACAAGCAAGUCGAGAUCGCCCUGUCCACUCUUGAGUUGUUUAGGCUCAAGUGGCUAAAUCUAGCAACACCGGCCAAUAUAGAUGUUGGUGAACGACUGAAAGGUAAACCUCCCCAAGAAUGGGCGAAAGCUUUUAAGGAGGCGAAACAAUGGGCCCAAGAAGUCGGAAAAUUACGUGGAUGCGAGGUGAAAAUCUCGUGCAUAUGCAUCGACACAUCGACGACGAGGAACGAUUUGGAGACCGCGUCUCGUCAUUAUUGGGAACGGCUGUGUUCCGAUCUGAGAGCGGAAGCGUCCUCGCGGCUGGUGGCUAUCGUGGACUUCCUAUCCUUCGCGUCCAAGGAGCUCGAACGUAGGCCGCGCGAUGUGGAAGAGGUCGGAUUAGCUUACGAGGCUCACGCGCGUAUCGAGCAACAGUCGGCAGGAAUCGCCGAGGAGAUGGAAGUCGUCGCUGUGCUCGCCAAAGUUAUGGCCGCGUGGACCAGCGAGAAACUCGACGGCGUUAACGCGGCUCACGCCGCUUGGCAGGAUUUGGGAGACCGUUUGGAAAAGCACAAGGCCGUUAUGGCGCGUCUGUUGGAAGACGCUAAAGUUAAUCUUCGUCACAGGGCGAUAGCGCUAAGGGACGAAAGAGAAAGAUGGCAGGCAAAGUGGUCCGCGAGAUCGGAGAGUCUCACGCUCGACUGGCUGAUGUCGAUGAAGGAACGUUGGCUCAAUCUAAACGGGCAGUUGGAUUCCUUGAAAGCGGACUGCAAGAGAAUAUCUUUGGAACUCGAAAGUGUCCUGGAGGACGAAGACAUAAAUCUGUCACAAGUGGAACGCGAAUUGGAAACCGAGGAGUCAAAUUACAGAUUCCAAUCCGAGUUUUUAGAGGAGCUGAAAAAUCAGGAAACCGAGGAGUGGGCCGUAGCUAGAAGAAGAUUACCAAGACUUCACGAUUGGCUUGAUUCCUGGCAGAAUAAGAUUCGGUUGAAUGACAAUCUGGAGGUCGAUACCUUCGUUGGCAGAAAGAUAAACGAAAUCAGAUCUGCGAUCGAAUUUAUCCAGCCGCUUCGGGGAGACGAGAUCACCGACGAGCACUGGACCGAGUUAAUUCCUAUACUGGGCCUAAAGGUCGGAAGCCCACGGAAUAUCACAUUGGGCCACUUGCUCGCUUGUACAAAAGAGCUGAAGGAGAAUGAGGAUAAAAUAAAGGAAAUAACGAAGCGAGCAAUCGCCGAGAGCGGGAUCCGACAGGCGUUAAUAGAUCUCGAGAUCUGGGAAAGUACGGCGUCACUUCCGUUACAGGAGUCAACUGACAGCAAAAAUAAGACGAUCUUACUCGUCGGGGAUUACGGCAGUCUGUUGGCGAAAAUAGGUGAAUUGAGGCUCUUGCUCGAAGGAGCGAAAGGCACGUCAGGACACGACAGGUUCGCGUCUAGAGCUGCGCGCUGCGAAGCAGCUCUAUCGGAGCUCGAAGAAAGGAUUAAGGCACUCAGCAGCGUACAAAGGAAGUGGAUCUACUUGGAUCCGGUCUACGGAAGUGGGGCGGCUCCCAAUGACUCCGGCAAAUGGUCCAGGGCCGAUAAGGAAUUCAGAUAUCUCAUAGGAGAAGUAUCUCGGGACCCCAGAGUACCAUCCUUAAGGCAACUUUCACUACCAGCUUUAAUAAGUUUAAAGGACCUAUUAGAUAGAUGUCAGAAAUGUCUGGACGAAUUUCUGGAGGAGAAACGAGCAGCUUAUCCAAGAUUGUACUUUCUCAGCGACGAAGAUCUUCUCGAACUGGUAUCGGGCAGUGGAAGAGGCUUGGAGGCUCACUUACCGAAAUUGUAUCACGGUAUUGGUUCGGUAGUAAAGGAGAAUAAUUUGUUAACGGCGAUUGUGUCACCCGAGGGAGAAAUGUUGAAGUUACCAGAGGCUGUCGAUCUCACGGAAUCUCUACCGCAGUGGCUGAACAAUCUCGAAAAGGGGAUGAGAAACGCUCUCCGUCAAAGUUUGGAAAAGUGUCUAAACGAUUCCACACCCGAUCCGUCCGUUUAUCCCUCACAAAUAUUGCUGCUGUCGGAAAGAAUAGGAUUUACCGAGCGCUGCGAACGCGCCCUCAAGGAAGGUCGCGCGGCUCUGCAGAAGCUUGUCGAAUUUCUGGAAACGCAGAGGGCAAGGUACAGAGGACUGGAGGACGCCGGUGACAAGCUGACCGCGCUGAAAGCGCGCGGACUUCUUCUGGAUACCGUCCAUCAUCUGCAAGUGGCCCGAACAUUGUUGAAGAUCGUCGUAACGGGCGAGAAUGCUGGCUGGACGUGGCAUAAACAAUUAAGAAGCUACAAAACUGUGAGUACGUACGUAAUACGAUGCGCCGGUGCAGAGUUACCGUAUCGCUUCGAAUAUCAAGGGGCGUCCAUCGGCUUGGUGAGAACUCCCCUGACAGAGAAGUGCUUCUUAGCACUCACGCAAGCUAUGAAGCUUGGGUUGGGUGGCAGCCCGACCGGUCCCGCUGGAACCGGAAAGACCGAAAGUGUCAAAGCUCUAGCAUCUGUCUUGGGUAGAUUAGUUCUUGUCUUCAAUUGUGACGAAGGAAUGGACACUGGCAGCAUGAGACGAAUCUUAGGCGGCCUGGCGCAAGCCGGCGCCUGGGGUUGCUUCGAUGAAUUCAAUCGUCUCGAGGAGGACACCCUGAGUGCAGUAUCGAUGUUGGUGAGGCCGCUUCAAGAGGCGCUACGGAACGGCUCGCCCGAGAUCCUGCUGGGCGAUCAGAAGAUCAAGCUGGAUCCUCACUGUUGCAUUUUCAUCACGAUGAAUCCAGCCGGAAGCGAGUACGGUGGUAGGCGUAAGCUGCCGGAUUCCUUAGCGCGACUCUUCAGGCCUAUCAGCAUGGCGCAUCCGGACAAAUCGGACAUCGUCAAGACUCUGCUGGAGUGCGCCGGUUUCUUGGAGGCGGCCACCCUCGGUAAACGUCUGGUGGAGGCUCUUGAUAUUGCCGGGACCAUACUUUCCGAGCAGCCGCAUUACGAUUGGGGGCUCAGGGCGCUUAAAUCUGUGCUCGACGAUCUGCAUCCGAUUGCCGGCGUCGAUGAGACCACCAGGCUUCUCGUUUCGAUCAGGGCGUCAACCCUUCCAAAACUGACGGAGGCAGAUACGACGAAAUUCCUGUCAUUGCUGGACGAUCUCUUCCCGAAGAGUAAUCUUUCCUUGUCGGUCUCUGAAAACGAGGACCUGGUCGUCGCACUGUUGAAGAUCUGCGAAACUCGAGGAUUAACGAAGGAGAUUGCCAACAGAUGCAUUCAGCUGAACGACCUGUUGAAGAGCAGGACCGGCGUCGCCAUAGUCGGUCCACCGGGUAGCGGAAAGACGUCGAUCAGAUCGUGUUUGGCCGAGGCAAUGGCGAAAAUCGGCGAAAGCCUCCAACAGAUUGUCGUUUAUCCUGGCGCGGUACCAAAGAGCAGAUUACUAGGUCACAUUAAUCCGCGAACGAGGGAAUGGAAGGAGGGUGUUCUAUCGAGCGCGGUGACGUCCGCUGGAAAUUCCGCGACCUGGAUUAUUUUUAACGGGGACGUGGAGCCCGAAUGGGCAGAGGCGUUGAAUUCAGCCUUAGAUGAUAAUCGGCUGCUAACGUUACCCAAUGGGAUAGGAAUUAAACUUGGUAGCGGUACAAGGUUUAUCUUUGAGACCCAUAAACUCGCCGAUGCCAGUCCAGCUACGGUAUCGCGACUGGGCGUUCUGCAUCUUGGCUCGACGAGACCGACAUCGUUACUGGUGCCGUGGCGUUUAGAGCAACUCUCGUCAACCGCCGCGGAGAUUGCAAACACCCAUUUAUGUUCGUGCAUCGACGAAACUCUGAAAGUAAACGUCGACAACUCCUCCGCAUCCGGCCUGAUGACCGCCACGUUGUGUCAUCUUCAUAAAGCGCGGACGUUCGCUCAGGCCACUCAGGCUCUUCUGGUCUCGUUAUGCGGCCAAGUGGAGGAUACGCAAUCCAAAGACAAUUUGGCGAAAUUUAUUUACGGAUCAACCGAGAGCUGGUGUCCCGAUCCACAAAAGCCAAGUGCGGUUCUUUACGACCAGGAAACCGAUCGAUUGGUACCUUUCAGCGAUACAUAUGAAUCUAUCGAUACCGAGAACGGGCCCAUAUCGAUUUCGGAUCGCAUCAAGAAAGCAUUAGCAGCUACUUUGACCUGGAUAGAGGACGGACAUCCGAUUAUGAUUCGUGGAUCUGAGGCCUGCGGUAAAAACGCUUUGAUCGACGUUGCGUUGACGAAAAUAAAGAAUCAGGAUACCACAACCGUGGUGCGAGGGUCUUCACUUUACGGUCCUGACGAUCUCGUGAGUCGUUUGAAAAAGGCCUGCUUACGCUUGGAGUCUUCGUCGCAGGGUAGGACGUACAAGCCGAGAAGCGGAUCUCGAGUGCUUCUUAUCUUGGAAGAUAUGCAUCUCGCCGCUAAAGACUUACAGGAAUUGGUGAGAGAAUUGCUUCAAGAGGAAGGUUUCCUUGAGGAAGAUCUCGAAUUUUCCAAAAUAUCCAUAACAAUUAUAUGCACUGCCGACGUGACUACUCGAUUACAUCCGAGGCUUGAAGCAUUAUUUGCAACUUAUUAUUUGGAAGAUCCAAACCAAAAGGAUGUCGCGGCCAUCCUCGAGCUUCAUUUGAGGACUUCCUUGAAAGAAGUCGACCUUGUUAUGGCGGAGUCUUGGAUCGUCCGAAUGAAGCCUAGUAUUUUGGAUGCUUUCCGAUCUGUGAGUUCCGCUGAGGAAUCUCCUCUCAUCUGGACUCUUAAGGAUAUUGUCUUAUGGGCAAAGCUCCUGAAGUAUUAUCCCACUCCCGAAAACGAAGCGUAUAUCACUCGUUACUUGUUGGACAUUGGUCAACGUCUAUUUCGCGCGAGAUUAACGCCCAAGGAGUUUUCACGAUGGGAAUCUCUACUAAUUUCGAAGGACUCCGAGGUAAAAGAUUUUAACAAUGAUGUUUAUGCGUGGAAGAGCGCGAAUAUUGGGCUGUAUCCUUUGAGUGAGGAACAAUGGCGAGAAGAGAUAAUCAACGCAGCAGCUAGAUGCGCCAGAGAGGGUCAACCAGUGCAGGCAUCGAUUUCAACUUAUCUUUUGGAAAUCGUAGCUGGACUAAGCUGGGCCGUUGGAUGCGAUUUCCGUGGUAUAAUUCUCAUUGGACGACCCGGAGCAGGCAGGAGAUCAGCAGUUAAACUGGUUGCGACCUUUUCUUCCCUACGACUGAUUGAUUCAGGACCUGAACGCGGAAAAGCGGCGAUAAAGAGCGCCGUCCAAUCAGCCGGCAUCGAGGGUCAAUCGACUUUGCUUCUGCUGGAGGAACAUCACGCCAGGGAGGAGACCUUAGCCGUGAUGGUGAGCGCUAUAGUAUCCAAAGGGGAAGUUCCAGGACUUUACACAGCGGAGGAGCUUGACGCGCUGGUCGCGCCACUCGCCGAUCUGGCCCGAAGGGAAGAUUUUCAAGGGACGCUGGAACAAUAUUUGUACCAUCGCCUGCGCAAGUAUCUUCGCGUAGUGAUGGUCUUAGAUUCUGAAGAGAUCGAAUCGUCGUCGUUGCUACGUCUUGGCCUCCUUCGAUAUUGCGCGCUGCUCGGAGCCGGACCUGGCGUUUCUGACGAGUGGUGGUGUCGGGAGAGCUCGCUGAUCAAACUGGCGAUUCAGGAGGGCACUUUGCAACUGGACGAACUCGAGGAACUGCCGCAAUGCGCGAAGGUCAUAAUCGGAGCUCAUCUUCAGGCGCCUCGUUACCAAAGGGCACCGGCGCGGUUUCUCGCUCUGGUGCACACCUGGAGACACCUCCGCGACACGUGGAGCAAAGAGGUUGAAGAGAAGCUGCGAUCUCUUGAAGCCGGUAUCAGCAAGCUAAGAGAAGCCGGCGAGCAGGUGGCUAAGCUGGAGGACGAGGUGUCCAGGCAGCGCCAAGAACUUGAGGUGGAAAAGGGGAGGGCCAAUACCGCUCUUGAACAAAUCACCGCCACAAUGAGAGGCGCGACCACUCAAAGGGGAGAGAUGACAACUUUGAAGGCCAGCACGGAACGCGAGAGUGCCGAACUCGCGCGGCGUAAGGCGGACAUAGAGAGUGAAUUAGGAAAGGUCGAACCUAUGGUGGCGCAAGCCGCACACGCGGUGGCUGGUAUAAGUGCCGAUGCGUUGGCUGAAGUUCGUUCGUUAAGAGCACCCCCGGCGCCGGUGAGAGACGUGCUCGAGGGUGUUCUUCGGCUAAUGGGCAUAAAAGACACGUCUUGGAACAGCAUGAAAACUUUCCUCGCCAAACGAGGUAUCAAGGACGAGAUUAGAAAUUGGGAUGCGAGACGCAGUACGCCUGCGAGUUUAGAAGCGGUUGCCAAGUUGAUAAAGGAACGUCCGGACAGCUUCGAAGAGAAAACCGCGAAGAGAGCGUCGGUUGCGGCUGCUCCGCUAGCCGCGUGGGUACUCGCGAAUCUUCAGUACGGUCAAAUAUUGGAACAAGUUGCUCCUCUCGAACGAGAACAACGUCAAUUAGCAGAGGGAUUGGCGGCGGCUGAGGCACAAUUGGGGAAAUUGGAAACGGGAUUAAAUACGGUGGAGAGUCGCGUGGCGCAGCUUCAGCAGGAGCUUGCCGAGCACACGAGGGGAGCGGCUGAAUUGCAGCUGCGAACCGAAUCCACCGAGGCCAGUCUCUCGACGGCGCGUGCUCUAUUGAAGAAACUCGAUACCGAACAUCGCGACUGGCAAGCGCAAUUCCAAGAGCUGACAGCCAGGAAAGAACGACUAGAUGUUGAGGCAGCUAAUGCAGCAGCUCUACUUGUUUAUCAAGAUCCUGAGAGAGACGACGAUUGGAAAAAAUCAGCGACCAAGUUACUAGUAACCGAACGCGAGAGAUUAUCGUGGAGGGCACAGGGUUUGCCAGCAGACACGAGUAGCUUGGUCGCGGCCUCUCGCGUGCUGAAAGGACCUCUGAUCCCUCUUUUCCUUGAUCCCUCGGGAGUAGCUGUCACCUGGAUCAAACGCAACUUUGGCACCAGACUCGAGAUAACCCAGCCUGAAAAUUCCAAAUUUCUGACGGCUCUAGAGCUCGCUGUGCGUUUCGGGAAACCUCUCUUGGUCGAGGAAUUGGUCGAAUUCCCAUCGAUACUGUUGCCCAUGCUUCGCCGGGGACCGCUCAGAUUGGGCGAUCGCACUCUGCCGGCUCAGGAAGGCUUUCAACUCUUUCUGGCAACUAGGAAGGAUCGAUUGGAAGAUAUUCCGAAGGAAGCCGAUGCUGUAUUGUGCGAGAUCACGCUCGGCGCCGGUACGAGAAGUCUGGCGGAGAGAUUUGUAGAGAAGCUGCUACUAAACGAAACGCCGGAGCUUGAGGCGCAGAGAAGAGAGGCCUUAGAGAGAGAAGAAAGAUUGUCCGGAGAACGAGACGCGGCCAGGCUGGAUGUGUUGAGCCAAUUAGCCACAGCCAGAGGUCAAGAUCUCUUACAAGAAUCUCAAGAACAAGGAGGUCUUUUGUCUUCAUUGGAGGCAACGCAGUCCAAGGCGAAAGAGAUAGCGAUUGCGCUCGAGGAAAGUAGACAAAGUUUGAACGAAGUCUUAAGGCGUGCCAAAGACCACGAAAAGUUCGCGCAGUUCGCCGCUAAUGUUUACGAGACCAUUAAAGGAUUAACACUUCUCAGCUCUUUAUACGUCAUCUCUACAGAAGCCUACACCGAUAUCUGCUUGAAAGCGGUGCAGAAUGAUAUUUCUUUCACGAAUGAAGACAGAGAAAAGAAGGAAUCGCGAGGUCUAAUCGAGAAACGGUUGAUUACUUUGACGUUCCAUCAUUGCGCGAAGGCGGUCUACAGGAAGCACAGACUUUCACUGGCAUUGCACAUGGCACUGUCGUUGAACCCAGUGCCGGAUGUCGAGAGGAAUCUCUUGUUCGACAGCGGCGCGAUUGGCAACGCCGAUAAUUCCGACUUUGAAUUACCCGAAUGGAUACCAGAUGAACGACGCGAAGCUGUGCAAGCCUUAGGUUCUUCUCUACCCAACGUAGCCGCCAGGAUGAAAUCCUCUUGGUUAAACGAUAUUUCUAAUAUUUACGCGGACAACGGGCUUAGCGCCUUCCAAAAAGUUUUGGUCGUGAAGGUUUUACGGCCUGACUAUUUGCACACCGCUCUCUCUAAAUUGGCUGCGAAGCAAUUAGGUGUGAAGGAUUUGGCACCGCCUCUGUGGACAUUGAGCACGAUCGCCCAGGAAAGAGUGGGGUCAUAUCCUGUGUUAUUACUUUUAUCGCCGGGAACUGAUCCCGGUCCCGAGCUUAGUGUGCUAGCUGAGAAAUAUACCUCCGCUGGAUUUAUCGAGGUUUCUCUGGGCCAAGGACACAUCACUCAAGCCGAAUCGGCGUUGGAAGCCGCAUGCAGAAACGGCGGUUGGAUUUUGCUGAGCAACUUGCAGCUCGCUCUAAACUGGCUACCGCGACUGGAAAGUCUGCUUCGCUCGUCGAUGUGUACCACAAACAAGAAUUCCUCCACGAGGAUCUGGCUGACCACCGAGGAGUGUUCCGGAUUCUACCCGGGUUUAGCGGGGCUCUGUCUGAAACUGGCGUACGAGCCGCCCGAAGGCGUAAAGAGGAACGUGAGAAAAUCGCUUCAGCAGCUGCGACAGUCGCAGCGUAACGGCGACGACGUCGCGACCACUACAUUGGUGCUCGCCUGGUUACACGCGACGCUUCAAGAACGGCGAAACUUUGUUCCUCAGGGCUGGAUCAGAUCGUACGAGUGGAAUGAGUCGGAUCUCGAGGCUGCCUACGAGUUGGUAGUGAAGGACAUGGCGAAGGAGAAACGAUCGCAGCAAGGGGACUGGCAGAUCGGCAGAGGUUUGCUCGACGUUGCGGUUUACGGCGGCCGGCUGCAGGAUGACUAUGACGCAAGGGCGUUACGCUCGAUGAUUCGUAACGCAUGGUCCAGAGACAUUUUUGAGGGACGCCGGAAGUUGGGCGACGUGUUGAAAGUGACCGACAUGACGAUGGGCGAUCCGGUAAAGUCAUUGGAGAAUUUGAACGACAUCGACUCGCCGAAAGAGUACUUCGGUCUCCCUGCAAAUGCUCAUAGGGCAUGGGAAAGGGCUGCUGCGGAAAAAGCCUUGACAUAUCUCAAAGGUAUCUUGAUGAAGCCUUUCGACAACGGCGAAGGAACUAGCGAUAAAUUAGAAAAGUCGAAAGUCCAACAGGAUCUAAAGGAAGUUUUGGAGCGACAAUGUUCCUUAACGUUCACAAGUGACACAGGUGCCUUAAGCGAACGGAAAGGAAAUCCUUUACAGGACUUUUUCAUCGACGAGAUCGAUCUUACGAAGAAGCUAUUGCAAAUCGUACGAACGGACAUGGACGCGUCGUCUUUCGAAAAUAACGAGACUCCUAAGCACUGGCUCGGGGUAUGGCGAACGGGUCCGAGGAACGCCACUCAAUUCGCGAAGGCGCUUCUGACCAAGUACGAAACGCUCAAAUCCUCGGCAAUGAACAUACCCCGUCGAGUCGAUUUGUUCCAGCUGUCCCGACCACGGGCUCUUUUGACUGCCCUGAAGCAACACACCGCACGAGAACUCGGUCAACCGUUGGAAACGCUUUGUCUCCGUGCCAAUUGGACCGAGAAUCGUACGAACAAAGAGUGGAAGGUAUCGCUCCAGCUCGAAGGUUUGCUCAUAUCAGGAGCCUCGAUCGAGGAAGGUGUCUUAAAGGAUCUGAACGUGAAUUCGGCAGCGGUCGCGGUCGCCCCGACGUGCCAAGUAGCGUUCAUGCCGGAGGAAUACUCGGACGAUAAAUCCGGCGACGGCGAUCUUUACGCUCUCGAGGAUGCGUAUCGGCAAGAUUAUCUGAACAUACCGGUUUACACAAGUGCUCAACGGGAGGCACUAAUUUGUUCGUUACCGAUCACGUGCCCGCGAGAGGAAUGCGACGCAUGGUUACGCCGUGGCGUCAUCCUGUAUCUAAGAUAAGUAGCUUUCGUAAUUGUCCCCGAUUAAACUGAUGAAGAUGAAGAUACAUGAUUUGCAAUUAGCAUGGGUUUCUAAUUCGUACAGUUCUAAAGUGUCUUGAAUUUUUUAUUUACUUGCUCGUCAGCUAGAUAUAUUUAUUUGUCAGAUAUAAUUUAGAUCGACUUUGUAGAUAAACGGUUUUCAUAAUUGUCUCUAAUUUAGAUAGACGGAGAUAAAUAUACGGGAUGCUCUGCAAGUAGCACCAGACAUUAAAUCAAAUUUCUAACGGGAGCAAACAGUUCUUGUUAAAUGCUAGCUAUUAAAAGACACGUAUUUGUAUUCACAUUUCUAAUUAAUCUUGACAAGAAAAACAUAGGUUCCUAAUUUAUACAGUUCCUAAAAAUGUCAAACUUUUUACUUAUUUGCACGUUAUAUAUAGAUAUAUUUAUGUCACAUAUAAUUUAGAUCAACUUUGUAGAUAAAUAGUUUUAAUAAUUGUCACUGAUUAAAUUGACGAAGAUGAAGAUGCGGGAUGAUUUGCAAGUAGCGCCAGACAUUAAACCAGAUCGUUAACGAACGCAAAUAUUUCGAAACUACUAGUCAAAUACUAGUCAUAAAAAAGUAUUCAUUUAAAUUUAUUUAUUUAAAUAAAAGAUAUUUAUUUAAGCUUGAUAUAAAACAUAGAUACCUAAUCUAUAGUCUUAAAGUACUUUAAACUGGUUCUUUAAUCCGUUAAAUAUAUUUAUUUGUCUAAUAUAAUUUGGAUCAAUAAACUUUGCAUAUGUAAUUUUGUUUAAUCGAAUAAAGAGCGAAAGGAAGGGGGAGGAAGUAUA